AUGUUAGUCCUUAUCGUCUCUUCAAUGUUGGUCCAUGGUGACGACUGGACGAGUAAGGCUGUGUGUAUUCAGGAUAUGGAUGUGUUUGACGCAAUCCAAGCACCACUGCAACACGACACCACGGUUCACCUAAACAGCGUAACAUCAAGACACCACGGAGCAGCCAAGCACACAUGCACACGACACCACGGUUCACCUAAACAGCGUAACUCAAGACACCACAGGAGCAGCCAAGUACACAGCACACGACACCACGGUUCACCUAAACAGCGUGACUCGAGACACCACGGGGAGGCAGCCAAGCACACAGCACACGACACCACGGUUCACCUAAAACAGCGUGGACUCAAAGACACCACAGAGCAGCCAAGCCACACUGCACACGGACACCACGGUUCACCUAAACAGCGUGACUCAAGACACCACGGAGCAGCCAAGCACACUGCACACGACACCACGGUUCACCUAAACAGCGUGACUCAAGACACCACGGAGCAGCAAGCACACUGCACACGACACCACGGUUCACCUAAACAGCGCGACACAAAACACCAAGGAGCAAGCCAAGCACACAGCACACGACACCACGGUUCACCUAAACAGCGUGUGACACAAGACACCACGGAGCAUCCAAGCACACAGCACACGGACACCACGGUUCACCUAAACAAGCGUGACUCAAGGACACCACGGAGCAGCCAAGCACACUGCACACGACACCACGGUUCACCUAAAACAGCCCAAGCACACUGCCAACACGACACCACGGUUUCACCUAAACAGCGUGACUCAAGACACCACGGAGCAGCCAAGCACACUGCACACGACACCACGGUUCACCUAAACAGGCGUGACUCAAGACACCACGGAGCAGCCAAGCACACUGACACACGACACCACGGUUCACCUAAACAGCGCGACACAAAACACCAAGGAGCAGCCAAGCACACAGCACACGACACCACGGUUCACCUAAACAGCGUGACACAAGACACCACGGAGCAUCCAAGCACACAGCACAACGACACCACGGUUCACCUAAAACAGCGCGACACAAGACACCACGGAGCAGCCAAGCACACUGCACACGACACCACGGUUCACCUAAAAAACAGCGUGACUCAAGACACCACAGAGCAGCCCAAGCACACUGCACACGACACCACGGUUCCACCUAAACAGGCGUGA